AUGUCUCAAGAAUAAGAAUUGCUAGCCAAGAUGAAAUCCUUAGAGGAAGACAUCCAGAAUCGACAUCGACAAAUCGUGUCACUGACUGAUAAGGUGGAGGAAUUGCAGAGAUCCAUCCAGAAUAACUCGGAAGUAUAGAAUAACUUCACAUUUCAAUAGGUGGUUGAACUCAAUGAAAAGGUUCGGAUGCUUGAGUCUCAGAACAUUAAAUUGAUUGAAAAGAAUCAAAACGACGUGGUAGAGUGGCGAUCAAAGGAACGUGAUUUCAAUAAUCAAAUUCAAUCAUUACAACGGAAGUUAGGCGAAGCGGAGUCUGAACUCAAUGAGACUAAAGAAUUGAAUAAACAAUUAAUCACCAAAUCGAGUGAGUCUUCUGAUCAACAAUCACAGUUACAGCAAAUCACCUCGCAUUUUGAACAUCUCCUCUCAGAAAAGGAUUCACACAUCAAAGAACGAGAUCUCAAAAUAACAGAAUAGGAUCUCAUCAUUAACAACCUACAAAAGGAGUUGUCUCUUGCCUCCGAAAGGGAACAGACUUCUCGAACAAUUCAAGAACAAUUAAAUGAACAAUUGAAAAUAUUGGAAAAGAGACACAGUGAAUUCACCUAAUAGAGUGAAAAAUUGGCCAUCCUAACCAAUGAACUCAAUACAAUCAACCAAUUGAAGGAGGAAUUACAUAAUGAGAAUACCUCACUUAAGUCUUAACUAUCAGAAUGGGCUUCCAAAAACUCAGAACUCCAAGUUAAAGUCAAAGAAUUCGAAGAUCAAACCACCAGAGAGUAGACUCAAAUCCAAAAUCUCCAAGUGGCUCUCAAGGAUUCAUAAAAGGAGUAUAAAGAAGAAAUGACUAAAAUUAUGCAAAUUUUGGAGAAAAUGAAAGAGAAACAUGCACAUGAAUAGGAGUAAUACAAGUAGAGAAUGCUUGAAAGAGAUGACAUUUUGAAGGAAGCCAAAAAACAAUUUGAAUAAACUACUAAACAAUUCGAAAAAGAAAAUAAUAUCCUAAUUACUUAAAUUUAGACAUCUGCAAAGACACAAUCUGAUCUCUAGAAAAAGAUUUCAGAUCUGGAAUUUAAGCUAAGAGAACUUGAAUUUAAACUCCAAGAAAGUAAUAGACAAUAUAUCAAAUAACUUGAGCAUUCCAAAGCACUUGAUAUUGAACUCAAAAAAGCAAUAUAGACCUAAUAGAAAUUGCAAGAAUAAAUGAUUAUCAAAGACGAAGAAAUGCAAAAAACCAAAUAAUUCUAGUUGAAGUUACUACAAGAAAAUCAGGAUUUAAAAACUAAAUUAGAUCACUAUCUUCAAGUCAAUACAAAAAGUAAGUCAAAUGAAUUACAGAAUCUAAAGAAUUAAUUACUAGAAAAGGAUCAAGAAUUGGAAUUGCACAGAUAACAAUAAAAAUCAUUGGCUACUCAAUUAAAAACUAGUCAAGGAUAUGUGACAAGAUUCAAAGCCAGAGUUAAAUAAUUGGAAAUGGACAACACAGAGUUAUUAAAAGCCAAGAAUAAUCUAGAAACACUCUUCCAAGAGAUCUUAGAAUAAACCAAAUAGAAACAAAAUAUCAAAAAUCUAUCCGCAAUAUCAAAUAAUCCUACCAAAUAUUAGAUGAGUCUACUAUCGCAAAGGAAGAAUUACAUGCAAGAAAAUACAUCAACUCAUUCAUAAGAAAAUAGAUCAUCAAGUUAAAAAUCAAACAAUACUACUCCAAACAAAGUUGCAAAUUCAGGUGAAGUCUCUUUUAAGAGGCCAAUUUAAGUUAGUGGACACAAAAAAUCCACUCAUUCAGGUUCUUAGGAAAACAUUUCCAUUAAAUAAUAGAAUGAACUCAACGAAAUUAAAGAAUUAGAUGAAAGUUAAUAACAAUAAACGAAGGGGUAACCUUAAGAUAAUUCAUCCCAAGAAAUCAAGCAGGCUGACAGCAAAGAAGACACUCAGAAGUUAAUUGAAACCAAGGAACAUCAUGAAGAAUAGAUUUUAAAUGAGUAAGAAAACAAUAAUGAGGAAGUUGAGGAUUUCUUGGAAGAUCAAAAUGAUCUUGAUUGA